AUGUCUCGAGUCCUUGGAGCCGUUGUGUUCGUGGCGACGGCGCUGUUGGUCGUUUGCCUCUUCAAUGUCAACGACGCGCAUUCGAGUGAUGUGUCGCAGUCCUCCUCAUCCACAAAGAUUGUGGAUCAUCUUCGCAAUAGCAAUGACCUUCAUACACCUGCUCAAACUUUCAUGGAUCUGCUCAUCCAACUAUCAUCUCGUGUAUCCUUCUCGAAGGCCGAGGAGUCCACGAAUUUCGAGUUGGACAGAGGAGAUCAGUCACACCCAACGACCGACAACCUGUUUGUACGCGACGAAAACUUUCAUAUCACAGAGAGCCUUCCAACCAGUGCGCUCUGUGAUCUCGUCUUCCUGUAUGCACCCUACUUCUCCCAGAUCUAUGGACAAAACGUGGCUCUCAACAUUUCGGUUCGGACCGCGGUGUCGUCCAACCUCGAAAGCAAUGGCAACCCUCUUCUGCUGAUUCAACGGGCAACCAUCCAAGUUGGAGACGAUCGGCUGGAUGUAAUGGGAAGUGGAAUCUAUGCUCUGAAUGGCAAGACCGGAUCCGGACUUGUCCUGCCAAUGUUGUUGGCCAGGACCUUCCCGUUGACGCGGUCGCCUGUUUGGACUCAUUCGACAAAUGACACGCUCCUUCAUCACGAGUACACAAUCCAUCUGAAUGAAAUCGAGAGCAUUGUCAUUACGACGUCUCAACAUCGAGUACUUUCAAUCGAGGUGGACCGUGCAUCACCUCAGCGCUUUCGCGAUUGUACUGGGAUCAUCAACACAGUUCUGGCCAGCACGUCUACCGAUGACGAGGGUAUCGGCACGACAAUAUUGGUCGAUGCUUGCACCAUGGACUGGAUGAUUCAGGACGAGGAGCCUGUUCUCACUCCCAUGAUGUUGCAGUCAAGCAGACAACGCCGUCUCGGGGCACCUGGCACCAAAAUUCUGGAGAGCAACCGUGUAGCCUCGAAUGUAGUCGCCAAGGAAUGA